CACACCUGGGCACACCUGGGCCCCCAAAAACCGCUCCAGGUGUACGCACGUCCAUCCAGGUGUGCCCAGGUGUGCCCAGGUGAGCUCAGCUGUAUCUCAGGUGUGUCCAUGUCCAUCCAGGUGUCUCCAGGUGUAUCUCAGGUAUAUCCAGGUGUGUCCAUGUCCAUCCAGGUGUCUCCAGGUGUCUCCAGGUGUCUCCAGGUGUGCCCAGGUGCGCUCAGGGGGGCGGCAGGAGGGGCACGAGGAGCCGCAGCGCCCCCAGCCCCAGCGCGGCCGCCCCCAGGUGUAUCUCAGGUAUAUCCAGGUGUGCCCAUGUCCAUCCAGGUGUAUCUCAGGUGUGUCAAUGUCCAUCCAUGUGUCUCCAGGUGUAUCUCAGGUGUAUCUCAGGUGUGUCCAUGUCCAUCCAGGUGUGCCCAGCUGUAUCUCAGGUAUCUCCAGGUGUAUCCAUUGUCCAUCCAGGUGUAUCCCAGGUGUGCCAAGGUGUGCCCAGGUGUAUCUCAGGUGUGUCCAGGUGUAUCUCAGGUGUGUCCGUUGUCCAUCGAUGUGUGCAUGUCCAUCCAGAUGUAUCUGAGGUGUCUCCAGGUGUGCCCAGGUGUGCCCAGGUGUGCCCAGGUGUGUCCAUUGUCCAUCCAGGUGUGUCCAUUGUCCAUCCAGGUGUGUCCAUUGUCCAUCCAGGUGUGUCCAUUGUCCAUCCAGGUGUGUCUCAGGUAUAUCCAGGUGUGUCCAUGA